UUAACCGGCCUGCUUUUCGGCAAAUGUUUUCAUAACGCGCCUUUGAUUGAAAUUCGAUUGAAUUGAGUGAAUUUAUAGUGAAGAUCUGAUCCCAGCCAUGUGGACCAGGACGCACUGCCUCUGGCGCAGUGUGGGGCGCGUGGGCCGCCAGUUGUGCGCCUCGAGCGUUGCGCAGGCGCGGAUUUUCGCGGAUCGUGAGAAUCAGUUCGCCCACGGGAUCCUCAUGGAUUCCUUGAAACCCUACGCCAUACUGCGACCCCGGGACUCCGCCUGGCAGGAUCUUCCCGCCACGGAGGGCUUUAUGCGUCCACCACAUAGCGACGCCAAUCCCGACGAUCUGUACGCCGACUUCCUUGGCCUGGUGAGGCACUGCAUCCGACUGGAACUGCAGAUUAGCGAUGCCCGCUACGACGACUUCACUCGCUGCUUCUGCGAGCAACUGCAUCGCCUCACGGACGAACAGCUAGUGGGAUCGCUCAGCGCCUUGGCCGAGCUGCCCACACCGGAAUCGACGAAAACCCAUAACUACAUGGAACUGUGGAACACCCUGGAUAUCGAGUGCUGUCGGCGCAUCGAGCGUUGGUCCAGCGAGCAGCUGCUGCUUGUGAGCGACGCCUGGUAUCGCCUGGGUCUGGUCAGGAUCGGGGAGUACGUGUGGCUGGCCCUCAAGAAGCUGGGCCGCAAGUUGCGUAAACUGCCGCCCGAGCAGCUAGUCCACUCCAUGUUUCUGUGCAAUCUGCUGCGCCGACCCGUCUUCGAGAUGUUUGACUUUGAACUAAAUCUGGCCCGCUGUGUGGACCAAAUGACCUUGUCCGAGCUUGGCGUAAUGGCCAUGGGCUUCUUCAAAACGCAGACGCCCAUCAGAAAUCCGGAGCUGCUGGAGCAAAUAUACCAGAGACUGGGCAGCGAGCUGAACACCGUGGAGGACAUUCCCCUGGUGGCGUUGCUUAAAAUUCUGCGCUACAGCAGCAAGUUGCCCCAGGUGGAAUCGCUUAAAGAGCUGCUCUGCGCCCUGGAGUCCCAAGUGGAGCGGGUUUCGCUACUCACGUGCCUGCAUAUGGCGCUCCUGGGCUGCGAACUGCAGACCUGCAAUGAUUCGCUGGUGGAACGGAUUCUGUUGAGAUUCGAGCGCGAAUUGGACUCCGCCCGCUUGAAGGAUGUUGAGCGUAUCUGCUUGGUAAUGGCCCUGUUUAAUAUUACCACUUCGUCGGGGGUGGAUCGACGUUUGGCAGACAGGCUGCCCGAUUUACUGCGCCAGCGGAUGGAGGAGAUACUGCGUCAUCCUCGUUGUUUUAGCAACUGCCUGCAGUUUCUAACAAUGCGCGGCGUUUACGACGUGGAGCUGCUGGGCGUGGCGCUGGAGCCGCGUCUCGUGCAGCACGCCUACCGCAGCGGACUACCUGGGCGGGAGUACUUCCACCUGGACGGGUUCGCUCGUCUCCUUGGCCCGCAGGAGUACCAGGGAGCACUGCUCACCGAUCGGCAGCGGCAGCAGAUGGGUCGCCUCUACACGCAGUACAUCCCCCAGCGGGACGGACGCUUCAAGCUGAACAGCACCGAUCGCAUCCUGGUGGAAAUACGGGAGGCAAUCUCUAUGAUCCACCGAUCUGUGACCUUCAAACACAUCCUGCCGCAAUACGAUCGAUGCGAUUUGGUGCUCUGCUACGACCACAGCCAGCAGAAGGCUUUGCCCCUGGACGCAGAGGCGUGCCAGGAUUACAGUGGUGAGAUUCUUACCCGCAAGCACUUGCUGGGCGAGAAGAAGGCGGCGGAUGACCAAGUGGCCACUGUGGUCAUCGUUAUUGCGGGCUGGAACAACGUGAUCCGUGACAAGGAACGCUUCACAGGGCAAAUGGAAAUGAAGCUAAGGCAGCUGCGGCAGUUGGGACAUCAGCCUCUGGUGAUCUAUUGGCACGAGUGGCGAGAACUGGAAACUUCUGCGGACCGCCAGGAUUUCCUUAGACGCCGCCUCAGUCAAGUGGCCAAGAUUUAGCGCAUCAUCGUCAUCAUCAGCAGAUGCCAAUGGAACCUUAGUAGAAAUAAG